AUGGAGCCCACAUACCAAAUGGAUUGUAAUUAUUUAAAUAAUUCAUGGACUUUCCUGAACCUUCUCUGGCUAAAAAUGCACGUAACUUUUUCGGGAAGCCUUGGGAUAUCCUGUUGUUCUUUUAUGUCGUCUACAUGUGCGGCAAGAGACUAAUUUGGUUCAAAUUUUCUCAGGCUGA